AUGGUGGCAGAGGAUUGGUUAAGAUCGACCGAGGCCAUCUUUGAUCAUAUGGAGUUGAAUGAUCGCCAAAGAGUCUCCUGCGUAGUUUAUCUACUUAAGAUGGAUGUAAGGAUUUGGUGGGAAGUAAUUAAACAGACCCGUGACCAGAAUUCCAUGACUUGGGCAGAAUUCAUCCAGGCUUUUAGUAAGAAGUAUUAUGGUGCAAUCGUGCUAGCAAUCAAGGUUGACAAGUUUGUAACUCUGGUACAAGGAAACCUAUCUAUGACUAAUUAUGCACAGAAGUUCGAUAGGUUAGCUAAAUUUGCUCCUAAAGUGGUGCCAACUAAGACUUUGCGAGUCCAAAGGUUCGUAAGGGGACUCAAGAUGAUGAUCGUUAGGGAUGUUAAGAUGACCAAUGCUGAAGUGUUCAUUUAUGUAGAAGUACUUGAUUGA